CGUGGGUUUAAUAUUACAGAAAGUCGUCUUUUUUUUUGUUGUUGUUUAUGUUUGGAAAUGGGUCGAUCCUCUAAAACUUGUAGAUCUAAAUUAUAUUCAGAUCAACAUGUAAAAGACCUUAUUGAUUCAGAUAACAGUGAUUUGUUUUAACUGUUCAUUGUGAUAGUUUUACUAGUUUUAGUUUUAGUGUCAGUCACUCAGUGUUACUAAUGACUCUUAAUGAGUAAUAGUUAAUACUUAAAUUAAUAGUCUAAUAACUGGUGACUAGUCUAAUACUUAUACUUAUACUACUAACUUAGUCUUAGUAACUAGUAGUACUGUUAGAUCUAGAUUAUUCUAGAUCUAGAUUUUAGAUCUGAAUCUGAUAGUUCAUAAGCUGAUGAACCUGCCACGACCCUCCUAAAAACUACUAAACUAGACGUAUUAGCCUUAGCGCAAAGACCGCAAAGAAUACAUCUAGAUUUCUAGAUUCUGGCCUGUUUCAACAAAUUUGAAAAAUGCAGAGAUACGUACUAAAACAGAAAGCAAUUUUACAUACAGUAACAUAUAUUUCUUCCAAUAAGUUGAAUAAGAUUAUAAGUCUAGAUUAGUCUAGAUCUACUAAUCUACUUCAGCCAAUGUGGUAUAUAGAGGUGUCAACAUGAGCUUACUCGAUUCUGAGUCAACUGAGCUUUACUCUACUAGAUCUGAUAAUCUUGUUGAUGCAAUAAAGAGUUAUGCAGUCUACAUAAUAAAAAUAAACACUCCAGUACGCAGGGCAUCCAUUUUUACAAAAUGGAAACCAGUUUCUAACUAUGAAAUUGAUACAUUUCUGGCCACGACUACAAUGAUGGGAUUAGACUUGUCGUUACGUCCCACACAUCCAUAUGGAUUAAUUUUAUUGCCACAGUUAAAACAUGGAAGUUGUUUUUUGUUCAGGCAAAUAUUAUAUAAAUAGCAAUGAAUUACUUUUUGAAAGAUAUGUCAGUCAUGUGCAGUGUAAUAAUUUUCUUACUGAAACUUAAUGUUGCAAGUUGUUUGUUUUUUUCUCAUAAAUUUUCUAUGGUGGUGACCUUGGAUAAUGUGCUCCAGUUUUGUACUCCAUGAGUUUUUUGUUGUUUUAGUGGUUCAAUUUCAUGAAAAUAUGAAUAAGGAUUAUAAAACAAUAGCAUUUAAUUCAGUUUGAAAUAGAAAUGAUCUUCUUAUGUGACUUGGAUUAAAUUUUUUGUCGUCCAAUGAUGCCCAAGAUGAAAGAUGUCUUAAUUAAGGACAAUUUAUUUUUCAAACCUGAAACCUAAAAACCAAAAUAUAAAUACUCGGAAUCAGAAUCCUAUGCAACUUGAGCAAAGAUUUAACAUAGUAAAAGUAGAUCUGAAUAAGACUGAUUUGGUUGUGUUUGUCAGGGUAUUUACUAUCCACCUCUUGUGAAAACAUUGGCUACUGUCAAGGUUUACAUUGAAUCUCUACCACUUUUAGAUGAGCCAGAAAUGUUUGGGCUCCAUGAGAAUGCAAACAUAGCCUUUCAGUUGAAUGAAACCAAUGCUUUACUUGGUCUUAUGGUGUUGUCUUAUGGGAACUGUUGACAGAAGAAGUACCCUACAAAGAUGUGGAUUCUUCUGCUAUCAUCUGGGGAGUGGGAAGCAAUAUCCUUCACCUUCCUGUUCCAGGCACUUGCCCAGAGGGCUUUAAAUUGCUGAUGAGGCAGUGCUGGUAUUUUAUGCCUCAUGGUAUUACAGCGGACCAUCAAGGAAAUAUUUAGUUAACAGAUGUAGCAAUGCAUCAGGUUUUUAAAAUACCACCAGGUCAGACUGUACCAAAAAUGACACUAGGACAGAAGUUCCAACAUGGUGAAGAUACAAAUCUUUUUUGUAAACCUACUGAUGUAGCUGUUCUUAUGUCUGGAGAGUUUUUUGUAUCUGAUGGGUACUGUAAUAGCAGAGUUCUGAAAUUUUCCAAAGAUGGAACUUUUUUGAUGUCGUUUGGGAAAAGGAAUGUUCAGUUUGGUGCAGGAGGUUUACUGUAUGCUGUGAAUGGUCCUGCUUUUGAUGGCCCCAUUGAUACAACUGUCCAGGGUUUCACAUCAGACAUAAAUACUGGAUAUUUGUUGGAAAUGUGGAAUGUACCAGAUAACAUGCGAAACCCACAUUAUGUAGCAGCAGAUCCAGUAACACAUAGCAUCUAUGUAGGGGAAUUGGACCCUGAAAGUGUUUGGAAGUUUAGCAGACCUGUUACAGUACAGUCAAGUUCACAGCAUAACAAAGUUGAGGAAAGUACUCAGAGCCAGUUACUGUCAGCAAUCCAUUGGACCAGAGUGAAACCAAUACCACAGAGUUGUCUGAGGCUAUCAAAGAUAGCAGUGAUGUCUCUCCCUCUGUCAUCAAUUGGCAUCUUACUUGUGGAAAAUUUAAAUGUUAUGGACAUGGAAAGAAGGGAAAGGUUUUUAACCUUAAAGGCUUUACUUGGAAUUCUCAUAAAGGCUUUGAUAGACUUAGUACUGAGGAAAGUGAUCAUGAGGUUGACCAAGAUGAUUUAGAUGAUAAAGACUAUUCGACACCUCCCAAGACGAAUAAAGCAUAGCCUCAAGUUCAAGGCUGACUAAAUUGUGUAAAUUAAUCUUUUUUUUUCUUUGUUAUUAGUUGGUCAUAUCAUAAUAUUCUGCCAUUACAGUCAGUGUUUAAACUUGUUUACAUGUUGAAUCUGAUACCAACUAAAUCUCAUAAACACAUAAUUAACCAUAGACCCACCUCAUGUAAAAAAAAAUGUUUUGUAAAAUGUUUUACAUAUUUCGGAUGUUCUUUCAGAGUUGAAGAUAGUUUACUUCCUAGUCCAAAUCUCCCGCAGGACGACGGGGGAUGGGAGCGGGCAGGGUUUGAACCCGGGACCAUCGAUAAAUCCAAACGACAGUCCAGCGUGCAAACCGCACGACCAGGCAGCCAUAUUACAUGUUAUUAGUUGUAAGUUGUAUUACAAUAACUAAGUGAUUUUGAGCUCAUAAAAUUUCAAAAUAAAAUUAUAAAAUGCUUUUGUCAUUCUAAAAAAGAAAAAAAGAUUACUAUGUUGGAUUUUUUUUGGAUAGCAAAGGCUAUUUGACCUUUUUAUUUCAAUAUGUGAUAUCAAAAUUUUUAAUUCAUUAAUUUGUUCAAUAUUUGUCGAAAGUUUGCUUUUGAAUAAAAUAUUUAUCAGCAUUAUUAUCAUUUACUAAGUAUAUUUUGUUUUUUAAUUUUAUGAAUGAUUUGAUGUUAUAAUGCCAGGUCAUUUACAAAGCACAAGCCUGCCAACUUUCUUUUUGCAAUGAUUCUCAAAACUUAAUUAGCUACCAAAUGAUUGUUUGCUCACUUGGUUGUGAUGAUUCAACAUUCCUGUUAUGUUCCACCAUUUCCUUCUUCAAUUCUAAAGCUGGCUUUAUUUCAUCUAUUGAACGUACCAUUAGUGUUAGUGACCCUGGCAAACUAGCCAUUUUAUGCACAAUUUUAAAAUGUUCAUAUGGAUAAUAUGGUUAGUUUUUUUAUAGCAUUUUUGACUACAUGGAGUUCCAGACAACUUUCCAUGUUGCUGGUCCCUUUCUCAUGUCAUUAUUAAAUCUUAUUUAAAAAACAAAAAAAAACUUGUUAGAUGGUAACAUUGUCCAAAUUGUUACUAGUUUUAUGUAAUGUGUUUGAAAACUAUGACUUCCUUAGAUUGACUACUAGACUCUCAUUCAUGUAUUGCAUUUCUUUAUUUUAAAAUCUUGUUAAGGCUUGUUUAAAAUCUCUCGACACUCAACUUUUUAUGCCAUAUUACAAUGUUUAUUUGUUAAUUCAAUUGUUUAGUCAAAUGUUUGUUUUCCAAAGUGUUACUAUUUGGUGCAAUCAAAAUAUUUAGUGGCAUUUUACAUACAAACACUGGUAGUUGAAAUCAGUAGCACAUUUUAGCUAAUUUCUGAUGAAUCAAAAUAAAAAUGUCAUGAUAUAAAAAUAAUUUUAAAUUUAAAAACCUAUAUGAAAAAAAAUUGUAUUUUUUGUAAAUAUAGUUACAGUUAUAUUGAAUAGAAUUAUUUAUGUUAGCAACUUUUGAAUGCAUCACAUAAUUUUAAUUUGACACAGAAACUGAAAAUCAUUUCAAUUAAAGAUUGUUGACUGUUGUUUCACCUCAGAUGAAUUGAUUACAUUUUAAGAGGUUAUCAGAUAUUUAUAUUUAUGACAUACAAUCUUUUUGUUAUGUUAUGAGUUGUUUUUGUUUUUAUUUUCUACAUGUUCAGGGUAUAAAGUUCUAGUGCAUACAUACGUAGAUUUCAACCCACAUUUUUUUAGUUCUUACUUAUGUAUUUACAUACAUGUACUAAGAACUAAUAUGAAAUUACAACUUAAUCAUUUUUUGUGUGAUUUUUAUGUAUUCGAACCAAUUUUUAUUUUAAAUUAGCACAAGUUAAAUCUGUUGAUCAGAAUUUUUUUCCUUGGUAAUAGUUAUAUUUAUACUCAAACCCAUUUGAUGUUACUUCUGCAAAGAUUUAUAGACACUCAGAGGAAAUGAUAUUAGCAUGGUAGACACAAUUAAACUUUUAAGGCAGAGUUUUGGAAUUAAAGCUAAAAUUUUAAAAUAAAUCAAAAACAUUGAUAAACAAGCUGUUUACUGCUAGUUUAGUGCAUCAAUCCAUUGUCUGCUUUUGAUUUAGUCUUUGGUUCUUGAUUUCUAUGCUGCACUGUGUCAAUAACUUUACUUUUUUAGAGCAGUUCUAUUAAUCUCUUUCAAAUACUAUUUGCUUAUACUAAUCAGAAUGUAAGAUUUAAUGGGUUUGAUAUUUGUUUCAACUGGUGAUGGUCCCCCUAAAGUAUUGUAUUAGUACUUCAAAACUUACUUAUGUACAGUUUCAUUAAUUAAUUAUAUUUUUUAGGCUGUUGAAGGUUUAUCAAUUGAUUUUUUUUUAUCUGGUGGAGACAUUUAACCAUUUUGUUUUUGCCACACAAAAAAAUUGAACUUGUCUGUUUUGAAAAAUGAAAUCAAAAGUGAAUGAUCACCUAGUCUUUGAAAGUUCAAAAUAUUUGUACUACUUUAUUGAUGUCAUGUACUCACAUAAUAUUUGUGUGUUAGUGUUUGUCUUAACAUGUUGAUGUUGUUUUGUGAUAUCUAUAUCAACAUUGUCUCUUGUUGGGGGGUAUGCAAGACUUUGGUUCUAUGCUGUUGGUAAAAAUUUCUCAUCCUUCAUUGACUUCCAAUGUACUCCACCUUGCACUUAGAGUGUUUUAUGGAGUGCUAGAAAUCUAAAAAGUAUCCCAGUCAUAAUAGAUUUUUAAAACUUACCACAUUUAGAGCAUUUCAUUUUUACUUUGCUCUUUUUUUUUAUUGUGUAUGUUCUUAAUUGUAAUCAACAUCUGACAGUGCUACAUAAUGUUUUAUUUAAUGACUGAGCAUAAUGCUUAAUUUGAUUUUAAUGUGGCUAAGAUUCAAGAAACAUGUUUAUAAGUUCAUUGCUAAAAACACCUGGUGCAGAGUCCAUGUGUAUUUAAUCUCUGAAUGAAAUGGGACUAACAAUGACUUUCAAAAUAGGGAUGUCAUUUGUUUCUCAAAUGUUAGUAGCAUAGAAAACAUGGACUGUGUGGUCUAUUUAUCUUAAUGUGUGUUUGAUGUAUUGUAAGUGAUCAUAUGUAACAGUUAUGGGUAUAGAGAAUAAAAUACAAAAUAUUUAA